AUGCGCACAUUCAGGCGCUGCCGGCCGAGAUUCGCUUCCAUCCUUCUGACACAGGCGCCAGGAAGUGGCUGGAACGAGGCCCUCCGACAACAGGGGGUGGCCGUCCUCGCUGGAGCCGUGCCGCCAGUGGAGCGAGAGGCCAUCCUGAACGACAUCUGGGAUUGGCUGGAAGGUGUCGGCAGCGGAGGUGCGGUGUCUAGGUCUGAUCCAACAACGUGGACGAUGAGUGAUCGCCGAUGGCCUAGAGACAACAUGUCCACCGGCAUCGUCUGCGUUCGAGGCGCUGGGCAGGCAGCCGGGGCAUGGCGAGUGCGGGGGCACGCCGCAGUCCAGUCGGCCUUUGCGCACUUUUGGGGAGUGGAGCCCAGUCAGCUGCUUACCUCCAUGGACGGACUGAUCCUCUGGCGGCCCUGGCAGCAGAAGCCUGCGGGCAUCGCGGAGCCCUGGAAGACGCGGGGCAGCUGGCUGCACGCCGAUCAGAACGUUUACCGGCGGCCAGACCUGGAGGCCAUUCAGGGACUCCUGAGCCUGACCGCGGCGGAUCCCCGGAAGACCGGCGGCUUUGUUUGCGUGCCAGGCAGCCACCUGCCCGAAGCUCAGCAGGAACUGUGCGACCUACUCGGUGGCCCACCACGGCUGCGAAAGCGAGGCGACUUCCUGGCGUUGCCAGAGGGCUCCUCACUCGGCGCCGGCGCCCGCGGCGCUUCGCUGGAGCCCGGAGACCUGCUGCUGUGGGAUGCGCGCCUCCUUCACGGGAGUGAGCCCGCUCCCGGGGUCGAGCAUGAAGGUGAGCCCGAGGAUCCGGUCGUCUCAGCUCCGGAGCUGCUCCGCGUGGCCGUUCCGGUCUGCAUGGUUCCGCGCAGCUUCGCGCAGGACCAGGAUGAGCUGGCUGCAUGGAGGCGGAAGGCCGUCUCCGAAGGCAUCACCACCAAGCAUUGGCCGCACAAACAGCGAGUUCAGGGCGAAGCCGGAGGACCGGACUAUGUUGUGCCAAAGCUCUCCUCAGACAUGCUGCGGGUGCUUUGA